AUGCCGAACCAAUUUUACGGGAGGUUCCAAUCCUUUUGCGCGAACGCAGGCAACGAAUACGCAACCCUCCCCGUCUGCAACCUGUUCAAAGAGAGCCCAGCGCGAGGCGGAAAUGGUUUCGCAGACGGAGCAUGCAAUCUGGUCGGGAUUUCGCUGAAAGGAGGGACACAACACCUAGCGAACUUGGGCUCGAUACUCUUCGCUUUCAUAGCGAUUCUGGUGUCGCUUAUCUUGUUCUGGCGGAGUGAUAGGAAGAAGGCUGCUGUGGGACGGAGGGAAAUGCAAUUCUUCCUCGUCGGCUACAUCAUCAUUGAAAUCUGCGAGAUCUUCACCGUCGGCGGCUUCCCACUCAAUGGUGCGGUCCGGAGGGCCUUUUCAGCAGUUCACAUUGCCGCAAUCGUCGCAACACUAUGGAUCCUCAUGAUGAACGGAGCCGUAGGCUUCCAACUUAUUGACGACGGGACAAUCGUCUCCGUCGGCCUCAUCUUCGGCUCUGCGGCGGCAUUGUUCGUGGGGACGGGAUAUAUCGCUUUGGAUACUGGGUUCUCAUGGACGAAUUACUGGGUUCCCACGACCACGGCGCCGAAUCAGGCCUAUGCGCUUUACACUCUCUAUCAACUCGUCCCGUUAAUCUUCCUCGUGGUUUUCUUCCUGCUGGAGACGAUAUUGGUAUUACGGGUAUUGGGUGAGGUCAGGCCAAUGAUCUACCUCGUCAGCGCCGCCCUCCUCUUCGCCAUCGGCCAAAUCUUCCAAUACGUCGUCAGCUCGCACAUCUGCAACGGCACUAAGGGAGCCAUCAACGGCGGCAUGUUCGAGACGCUGUUUACCUUACUUGCAGUCGUCUGCAUAUGGGUCUUCUGGUCGAGCAUAACGGAGGAUGAUUGGCCGAGUGCGCCGCCCGGGGGGAGCACGUAUACCUAA